GCCCUGGUAUCUCAAAUGUGGCUACAGAAACUAUGCCCCCAACGAAUGAGUCUCCAACCACGAUCACUCACUUGGAUUUACCUGACCCUGUCCCACAGCAGGGCGGUUUGUACAACGGACCUGGCUACUGCUGAUUAUAUAACCGUUCCAGUUUGGUUUUAGAUCAGUGUUAACCUUGAUGAAGUGGAUAGCCAAGCACCUCAGUGGUCUACAGUACAGGAGAAAUAAAUUCUGAAGCUCACGGAUUCUGUGACAGUCAAAGACAAGCACUGAAUUGUUCUAACCUCAUUUCCAACACCUGGCCCAUAGCCUUGCAUGGCUUGGAUAACACUUGCACAUUUAAAAAAAAUGUAAGGAUGAUGAUUGUGAUGUUGGUAACUGGAAAGCCUCCAUUGUUGGAGGACGAGAAGCCGUAUCUAAUUGAAGCAGCACGGGCUUUUGCGAUGACUGUGGAAACCACUGCUUAUGCCUUGCUUCAAGCAUUGUCAAGGAAUGAUUUUGACUAUGCAACACCGAUUGUGAGGUGGCUAACGAUGCAACAGAACUAUGGUGGUGGAUUUCACUCGACGCAGGUAAAUGCUUGAGAUCACAA